AUGCAAACCAUGUUUGCGCGAUCCAAAAUGUGGCAAUCCCGAACCUUAGUUCGUCUGAUAUCAACGUCCCGUAUCUUGUUGAAGGCCAAGUCAGAUAACUCGGUGCUUCUUCCUCAAUACAAGUUUAAAUGUGGGUUGGAGAUCCAUUGUCAGCUAAAAACUGACAAAAAGCUAUUUAGUAAUUCGGGUCACACCUUCAAUGAGCUUCCCAAUUCAAGAGUAUCUUUCUUUGAUGCCGGUUUACCUGGUACUCAGCCUUUGGUCAACCCUGAAGCCGUUCUCUUAGCAUUGGUUGCUGGGGUAUCUUUGAAUUCGAAAAUAAAUUUGCAAUCGACAUUUGAUAGAAAACACUACUUUUACGGUGAUCAACCAUUAGGUUAUCAAAUCACACAACAUUAUAACCCAAUUGGUAAAGGUGGCUCCCUUAAAUUGCUCAAAAAGUUUGAUGAAAUUGAUGAACAGGAGAAGACUAUAACGCUAGAUCAGAUUCAGAUAGAACAAGAUACUGGUAAGUGUAUUCAUGUUGAAGCCGGAGUGUCUACAAAUGAGUAUCUUAAUGGUAUUUUAUAUUCAAAAAUCGAUUUGAAUAGAGCCAACACUCCCCUAAUUGAAGUAGUGACUAAUCCAGACUUCGAUGACCUCAAGCAAGUAAAGGCGUUUAUUAAAAAAUUUCAAUCAUUAGUCAAAUUCCUCAAUAUUUCCACCGGGGAAUUGGAAACUGGUGCCAUGAGAAUUGAUGUCAAUAUCUCGAUAAAUGGGGGUAACAGAGUAGAAAUAAAGAACCUUUCAUCAAGUACUGCUAUUAUUGAAGCUUUGAAGUAUGAAUAUAAGAGACAGAUCAAGGAAGUGGAAAGUGGGAAUCAUAUUUCUCAGGAAACCAGAGGCUGGAAUGGCAGCAAGACCGUCACUCUAAGAAAGAAAGAAAGUAAGGUCGAUUAUAGAUAUAUGCCUGAUCCUGAAUUAUCCUCUAUUCUGUUAGAUAAAACCAUAGUUGAGGAUAUCAGAACAAAUUUUGUUAGUACCUUACCUGAUGAUAUGAUCGAGAUGUUGACCAGCAAACCAUACGGGUUGAGAAUUAAAGAUGCAAAAUUAUUAAUAAACAAUACUUAUGACGGGUUAUUGGAUUAUUAUAUGGACGCGUUUUCUAAGACUGUGGGUAUGAAUGACAAAGUUCCUUCAAAAAUUCCAGGGAACUUCAUUUUACAUGAAUUGAUUGGUCAAUUAGGUAAAUUCAACUUGAAGUUUUCUCCACAAAUCCUUCCGGUUUCCAAACUUUCUGAAUUGAUCAACGUCAUCUAUAUUGACGGAAAAUUAACUAAUAGUAGUGGUAAGUUGCUAUUGAAAUAUAUUGUCGAGAAUCAUGAUGAUACGGCCGUCCAAAGUAUGACCAUUGAUGAUUUGAUAGCCGAAUUUGAGUUGGAAGUACCCGAGCAGAAUGACGCUGAUUUGAAUUUGGAGCUUGGUGAGCUAUGUGAUGAAAUCCUCUCUAAUCAUGCUGAAAUUGUUGAGAAUUUAAAGAAUGGUAAGAAAUUGGGAUCAUUACAGUAUUUGGUGGGGCAGGGAAUGAGAGCUACGCAAGGGAAGAUUCAAGCCAAGGUAUUUGAAGAGCACUUUAAAAAGUCACUUGGUUUAAAAUGA